UUCUCUCUUUUUUCUUUCUUCUUAUUAAAUAUGACGUCUAGUGCACCGACGAGUAUACCAACUGAACAAUACAUAAAAAAAACAUGCGAACAAUGUAAAAGAAGAAGGCGUCCCUGCAACUCUCAGCGACCUUGUACACAAUGUGUCGAAGCAAACCAAGACUGUGCCUAUAGUGUUGUUCAUGAUCAUUCUCGAAGUGUCUUUUCUACCCAUGCAGCUAGACGGCUUAGUUCUGGUUCAGCCUGUGAAACUUGCCGAAGAAGAAAGACAAAAUGUGAUGGAGGCAGUCCAUGUGGGUUCUGUGCGUCCAAUAAUAUCGAAUGUGUCAAUAAUUCCGAAAGAAGACAUUUAAAAAACAAGCAACCAUCAGUAGAAGCAAUGGAUAGAAUUGAAGAUAGACUUCGAAGGAUCGAACGGCUGAUGACAGCAUUUACUCCAAGCCCACUGACUCAAUCAUCCUCAGAAGGUCAUAAGGUCAGGCCACAUCGUCAUUCUGUUCAAGGUGUAAACUCUGCUCGAGAAAAAAAAGAAAUUCAAGAUAGACGAGGAUCUCCUUAUUCAUCACGAUUCGGAUCACUCUCUCCGCCACCGUCUUCUACUCCUAUAUCUAUUAUGCGACCAUCUAAUUCACACAGUAGUAGCAUUGCACACUCCAUGUUAAAUCUAUCCAUUUCACCAUCUAAUUCUUCUACACUUCUUGCAAGCUCUUCUUCUACACCUUCUUCAUCUGGUAUCUGGCUAGAAUCAUCACCUAAUGGUAAAAAUGAAUACUUUAGAGAUCAUUUACCUAGUCCUCCUGUCUCUUCAAGAAGCGAAAAUGAAUGGAAGAUUUCGACGAUACCAAGCGUCAUGGAUCAACUAUCAAAACGUACCUUUGCUACUACUACAAGUGAUUAUGCAAGCACUCAAUUCCCUAUUUAUCCACUGACGCCUCCUCCCAGUCAACAAAAUAAAUAAAAAGUUUUGGCGUACUUACGCGCGUCCUGAUUUUAUUUUUUUUACGUGAC